CAAUCUGCAAACGGUGACCAGAAUUCGGAGUCGACCGAUGUGAGUCAUCGUAAUUUAAGGUCGUGAGUGACGUACACACUCAAGGGUACAUGACAUGGACCUAUCAGAUUGUGGCGAGGUCAAAUUUAAUAUUGAAGACCGGGUCUACGCUGGCAAAAUGAGUCAAUUUGGCCUCCUGACAGGAUGUUAUCAUCGAGUAGUGGGGGUUGAAAGUGGUGAUAUUGAUCCUGUUAUAGGGGCUGAGAGAGAUGCUUCAUGACCAACAUGUCUUGUUCCUUGCUCACCCACCCUACAGACUUCAUCAGCCACUACCAGAACAGAGGGAAGUUAAGAAUUAACUGCCUCUAUCGAAGUGCCCACUGCUCCGGCUAAUCACUUUAGCACUUCCGUAACGGAACGGAUGGGCAUGAAACGCUCCUUUCCACCUACAGAUCUCCCCGAAGAUGACUAGUAUGAGUCAGAAAAAUUGUAUCCCCGCGUACUCAAGUCGAUAGGCUGUGAUGUAAAUCAUGUCUCAGUUAACUGUGGUGGCCACAUGGAAUAGAUUGGCUUUCGUAGCGAACUAAAAUUUGGCCGAAGCCAGGGAUACCUUUAUCCUUGGCUGUGACGCUGGCGAAAAGGGUUGCGCAC